CUUUUACAAAUGUGUCCACUGCUGCUUGGUGAAUGCAACAACUGAAUCCUGAAAUGCGAGGCAACCACAGUUUCCACAUAUCCCUUCCCUCGAUUGGGAUGUUCUCUGCUAUUCUGGAUGGCAAGGGCAGUGACUGUAACAUUGAGUGUAUUUUGUAGUAUUAAACACGUCUUUAAACCGAUUUUAUCAGGCUCCGAAAAUUCUUGGAAAAGGACGCAAAGAAUGACCUUCUCGGCUGACAUUGCAACGCUUGCGUAACACAACAGGGUGUUCAACGCAAGACCGUUUCCUUUUAAAUAAACGUUUUGCAAUGUUUUGUCGGGGCUGAACGUGCCCCAGUACAUCACGUGUUUCGUUUCUGCCGGCAACAGCAGGUCAUGUGAUCAGUCAGCUGACGCGAUAUAAAUCGCUCGGGACGUAAUGUAUUUGUCAAGACACAACCGUUGUCUUUUCGAAGUACAGUUCACUAUUUGCAGCUGCUGAAAACACGGCUAGGUUUUGGUGCUAUUCAGCUUCCUGAUUGUUUCUACAGAUACUGUCACACCUAUUUCACGGGAUUUAAUCAUAGAUAACACCUAGACUUCUUCCUAAAGUGUCGCUCACUGCGUUGAUGUUUUCGGCAUGAGGCUUCCAGGAUUCGGGCUGUCCACCGUCUGCGGUGUUUUCAUAGUCUGGACAUUGUUUUCAGUGCCGUUGUCUGCUUCAUACCCUCUUGAAGGAGGAACAGAUGGACCCGAGUUGAGGUUCGUGGAUCAAAUUGGUCGAUUCAAGGUCGGAUUCAGCUGGCACAACGUCUCCUGCACGAUGUGUAAAGUCAUAUUUACCACUGUUGAUAUUGCGCUGAUGAGUGACUCCAACACUGAGCGUGUGGCACAUGCUGUUGGAGAGGCCUGUGCCCGACUGCACCUGGCCGAUGCACAUGUAUGCAGAGAUAUCGCUGAGCUCUUCCGAGAAGAUUUCAUCCGUGCACUCCAGGUGUCCUUCCUCUGGCCCUCUGAGGCCUGCGCUCUGCUUGUGGGUCCAGCAUGUGGUCAUUUCGACAUCUAUGCCCCAUGGAACGUAUCCCUGCCGGGGGUACCCAAACCUCCAGUUACGCCACCCACCCCUCCCAAACAGGGCUCUCCAAAAAGCAGGAUCCUCUUCCUCACAGAUAUCCACUGGGAUGCCGAAUACACAGAGGGCAGCGUUGUCGAUUGCAAAGAACCGCUGUGCUGUCGUAAUGAAUCUGGGAGGGCCAGUUGGAAGCACCAUGGAGCAGGACACUGGGGCACCUAUGGCAAAUGUGACCUUCCUCUACGUACAGUGGAGAAUUUGCUCCAAAAUGUAGCCAAUUCGGGGCGUUGGGAUUGGGUGUACUGGACAGGAGACAUUCCAGCACACAACGUUUGGUCUCAAACCAGAACUCAACAGCUGAACGAGCUCAGUACUAUCUCUAGACUUAUCCUGAAAAACCUGGGGCCUAAUGUAACUGUGUACCCUGCGGUGGGAAAUCACGAGAGCACGCCAGUAAAUAGUUUCCCACCUCCAUUUGUACAUGGCAAUCUGUCUUCCCAAUGGCUGUAUGACACCAUGGCAAAAGAAUGGGCUCACUGGCUGCCUAAAGAUGCCCUGGAGACUAUACGACAUGGUGGUUUCUACACUGCAGAAGUCGAGCGAGGUUUGAGAGUGGUGUCUUUGAACAUGAACUUUUGUGCAAGAGAAAACUUCUGGCUUAUGGUAAACUCUACAGACCCAGCAGAUCAACUCCAGUGGCUUAUUCACAUUCUACAACAGGCCGAGAACAAGGGAGAGAAGGUUCACAUCAUUGGUCACAUCCCCCCUGGACUCUGCCUGAGCAGUUGGAGCUGGAAUUACUAUCAUAUAGUCAACAGGUAUGAGAGCACAAUAACUGGUCAGUUUUUUGGACACACGCACGUUGAUGAGUUUCAAAUGUUCUACGAUGAGGAAACAUUGAGCCGUCCACUGGGUGUGGCUUUCAUUGCUCCAAGUGUCACCACAUAUGUCAAUCUGAACCCAGGAUAUCGUGUGUAUUAUGUUGAUGGAAACUACCCAGGCAGCAGUCGCAUGGUUUUGGAUCACGACACCUUUAUUCUUAACCUCACACUGGCCAACAACCAACCUGAAAGCCCAGUUGAACCCACAAAACCAGAUGCCAACCCAUCAUGGACCUUAUUGUACCGCGCUUCUGAGGCCUACGGUUUGUCCACCCUCUUUCCAUCAGACUUGGACAGUUUAAUCAAAGUAUUCGUUAAUGACGACCAUGUGUUCCAGCUAUUCUGGCACCUCCAUCAUAAAGGCCACGUAUCAAAGCCCUGCAAGGACACCUGUAAGACAGAACUCAUCUGCUUCCUGCAUAGUGGACGCUACGACCUUCUAACGCAGUGUAAAAUACUACAUGCGAAUGGAGAGGUUGUUCGGUCUGUUAGAAAAACAAUGUGUUGAGUUAAGAUCAGUCAACCUGGCAUGAACCAAGGUCCUGUUAGUAUCAUAAUCACCACAGAGCACUAAUUAAUUUAAAGGGAUAUAUCACCCAAAAAUGAAAAUUGUCAACAUUUAUCUACCUUCAUGUUGAUCCAAACCUGUAUGACUUCUUUUGUGGAAGACAAAAACAGUCCAAAACUCAUCUCUUUUGUGCUCCAUAGAAGAAAAAGCCAUAUGAGUUUAGAAAACAUGAGGAUGAGGAAAUGACUAUUUCCAUUUUUGGGUGAACUGUCCCGUAAAAACCAAGCCAACAUUACAGGGAAUCUAAUUAUUAUUAUUUUUUUACACAAAAUUGUAGCAUUUGAAUAAUUUGUUGCUAUGUAUGUUUGUCUUUUCAGAGAUUAUCCAACUGUCCAACAUUUUUGCUGUUCUUGUUUUACAGAUUGUCUCAAUAAUGUUACUGUAGCUAAUGACCACUGUUGGUUUUCAAUGUCAUAACAUGUGUUGUCAAGAACACAACCUUAGGCUUCCCCUAACAAGGUAAAAAAAUAUAUAAUAUUUGUCAGUGUUUCUCGUAAAGAAAUUUGUAAUUUAGGGCAGUGACCCUAAAUGUAUUGGUUGACUCAAACGGUGUGUUGGUGCCUUAAAGAUGACUUGUACUCCUAAAAACCACAACUGCUCAAACUAUUGUCUUCAUUCUCACUUGUCUUUGGCAUAUGCGUCACUGUGGAGUGAACUGUGGUCAGUUGCUCUACAUGUGUUAUUUCCUGAGUAAACACAUGUACACUGGAGCCUGUUCAAGGCUAAUUGUAUUUGAUUACGUUGUUGAUUCAGCCCCAUGUCAUCAUUUACACACAAUUUGUUUUAAUGGGUUAAGAAAAUAUUGGAACAGAUUCAAUUGAGAACAAUUAAUUUGUUGUCAUGUAAUCUUUUUCUGACUCUAUGAAAAUUGCUUCAUGCUUUAUGAAAAUUUUGCAAUUAUGCACUUCUAUAUACUGUGACUUUUUGAAUGUAGAAAUCAUAGAUUAUCUGAUGCAGAUUUUGAUUGAGUAAAUAAAUAUUUGGCAG